AUGGUUGCCUGGCUGCAUCCUCUCUCCAUACCCCCUGCUCCCUCCUCCACCUCCUCCUCCAUCUCUCCUGUUGCUUACAUGCUGCUGUGUUGUGUGUGCUUUGCACUGCUGCUGCCACCCUCUUCCCACAGCACCUUGGUGGUCCCCCCUGCCUGCCCCCUCAUCACCCCAUCCUCCCAUCACAUCCUCUCUCCACUCAUCUUUCCACUCCUCUCCUGGACAAUGGAGCGCAGACGAUCCAGGAACCGUGGCGGUGGUGGCGGCCAUCGUGGGAAAAAGGGGCACAAUGAGGUGGCGGAGGACAUCGUCACGGAGAGGAGCGCUGAAGACCAGCUCCAGCCCCCCGCUGGCACCCUGUCAGACUCAGAGUCGGCCCCCGUCGUCGCCCUGCCAAUUCAGGCAUCCACAGGGAUGUACUCAGCCCCCAUAGCCAAGGCCAACAAGCCCUCCAUAGAGAUUCACUCAGCAGCCCCCUUAACCAAGGACAGUGAACACUCCACGGAGAUGACUCAGCCCCCUGCUCUAGCCCAGCCAAAUGCACCCUCUGUGCACUCCAGCCAAACACACCCUCUACAGGGCUGCUCUUCUCCAAGUAUCCCAUCAUCCCCUCCUCAGCCCCUUGCUGAAGAUCUCCUGCCCCAGGACACUGAUGAUGAUGAUGAUGCCGCAGCUGCAGGCUGCUCCGAUAGUCCACAUGCCAAGAGAAGACUCCUAGAUCAAAACCACGCAUCCCUGUCACCGCCACCGCCGCCACCGCAGCCCAGCUCCACCACCACCCUCUACAAGGCCUUCGACAGCGACGCGUGCCCCAGCGCACCGCCACUGCCAGAGGAUGACAACUUCCUGUCGGGACUUCCUGUCGGGGCUUGUUGGCUUGCCAGGGAGGAAGAGGAGGGGAUUGAUGUCGAGGAAGAGGAUGCAGAUGUGGUGGUGGAGGAGGAGUAUGAUGAUGAUGAGGAUGAUAACGAUCCUAACCACAACAAUAAGGAUGAUGACGGGGAUGUGGAGCUGGCGAUUAGAAAGGGAUGGACGAGUGCAUCCAGGGGAUGGAGAGAAGCGCAGAGUGAUAUGCCGACACUGACAGCCCAGACAGACGGGAGAGAAGCGCAGAGAGAUGCGCCGACACUGACAGCCCAGAGAGACGGGAGAGUUGCGGAAUGUCAGCAGCAGGCACUGCAAUACUGGCAGCAGCAACAAGCCCAAUAUCCACCCCAGCUGCAACAGGGGUAUUUGCUGCAACAACAACAACAACAACAACAACAACAACAACAACAACAACAACAACAACAACAGCAACAGCAGCACAGUAUGUUACAGCAACAGCCCGAUCUCAGAGAGCUGCAGUUGAGGCAGGAGCGCCACACUCUCCUGCAGGUGCGUCACCAGCAGCAGCUCCAGUUUCAUCUCCAUCAGCAGCAGCAACAGCUGCAGCAUCUCCUGCAUCCUCCACAGCAGCAGCAUCCUCACCUUCUGGGUCGCCAAGGGCAACAACAGCAGCAGCAGCAGCAUCAGUACCACCACCACCACCAGCACCAGCAGCCUCAGCAGCAGCCUGCACAGCCUCAGUUACCACAGCAACGGACACAACUACCAGGGCAACAGAAGAAUCCUAAUCAGCAACAGACACCACCAAAACAGCACCAUCAGAAGCCACCAAAACCACCAAAACACAGGCAUCCUCACUACCAACAACUAGCAGAACGACAAGGUUCUUCUCCUCAGUUGUGGAAACUACAAAGACAACCGUCUGAUCAUCAACCACAGACAGAACAACAACAAGACGAAACACCACGAGCCACUCAGCAGCCUGACCAUCAACAACUGGCCCAGGAACAGCAGCGGCAUCAGCAGCCAUCGGCGCGAGAGCAGCAUCCCCCUCGUCAGCAUCCAUGGAAACAGAAGCCUCAUCAGCAGCAUCAGCAGGGACUGGAUCUGCAGCAGCAUCAGCAGCCUACGAAGAGCAGGCCUCCCAGGGACAAAGAGGCACGGCAGAACCAACAGAUACAACAGGCCGCGUGUGAGCAGGCCGUCUUCCUGCCUCCCCCGCACGGCAUCCUGGGAGUCUGUGGCACCCAAUCAGACAGCGCCAUCAGCGGGCAGGAAGUGGUGACGGGCCAGCGUCUAUUCUACGGGGCGCGCGUGGGCAGCGAGACACGCAACGUGGAGUUCAAGAGGGGAGGAGGUGAGUAUCUGCGCUCCACUUUCCGCAGCCACCUGCGUCGCUACGCGUGUGCCUUCCUCAACAGCGGCGGCGGGAUGCUAUUGGUCGGUGUGGACGACGAGGGUGUGGUGAGGGGCGUGGCCUGUGACCAUCGGCAGGAGGAUCGAGCAAGGCUAUUGGUCGACUCCAUCCUGAAGUUCUUCCAGCCACCGCUGAUGCCACACAGCUACAGCCUCAGCUUCCUCCCCGUCGUCAGGCCUGGACCAGAGGGGCUGGACCUCAAGGUGUUGCGUCUGGCACUGCAGCCCCCCCGGGCCCAUGCACUGCUGUCUCUCUAUCAGACGGACCAGGGGGAGAUCUUCCUCCGCCGCGACGGGAGCGUGGAGGGACCCCUCACAGCCAACGCCAUCCAGGAGUGGGCACGGCAGCGUUGGAGUGUGGAGGUGCUCCGCCUGCAGCACUGUAUCCAGGGUCUGCUAUCGGAGCAGGGCCUCCUCCUCCAGGAGGUGCGACAGCAGAGCCUGACCAUCGCCGCCCUGCAGAGGGCGCUAGUUCACCUCAGCAGCAGCGCCCCUAGUGGACCCCCACGCACCCCUGCACCCCCGAACAGCCCUGCUCCCCCUGACACCCCCACACGGGCACCACCACGGAACCAGACCGCACCCACAGACACCCCCACACCGUGGGACCAGACCUCAACUCGCCAGGGCUGGGUACCGAUGGCCUCCAACAACCCUGGUUGUACUACUCCUGCUGCCCAAGAUGCCACCACACCCCCAAACAUCGCCUGCCACGUCACUGGCCCUGCUCCUGCUCCUGCUCCUGGUCCUCCACCUCGAUUGGAGGGUCUGCGGGAUCGGCUGCUGAAGCUGAGCCGUAGAGGCAGCGGGGGGAGCCUCAAGGGCCCCAAGAGCCCCAAGGGCCACACCCCCACCCCACAGAGCCUCCUAUCGCUGUGCCCGUCCUCCAGUGAGACCCGAUUAGGAUCAGGGACACCCAACAAGAGCUUCUUCUUAUCCUCCUCCUCCGGUUGCCCCUCUCCCAGUGGUACCCCGAAACCUCAGCUGUUCCCCUCUACCAGUGGCACGACCCCAGUGUCAGCGUCUGCAUCAGUGUCAGCGUCGUCCACCCCACCGGCUCCGGCGUCAGCAUCCCUCAGUGUCCACAGUGUUGACCAGCUGGCAGCGAUGGUAGUCCACGAGGGACACAGCCGGAGCAGCACCAGGCUGAAGGGAUGGGAGAGGAGCUGGGGGAUUGUGGAGGAUGCUCAGAGUCAGGGCCCCUGUGUUGGUUACCCACAGGGAGAGAUGGAGGAGGAGGAGGCAGGAGGAGGCUCAGGUACCCAGACGCCAGUGUCUGCUGCCUGCAGCAUCAUGUGAGAGGAGAGGAUAGGAAAGGAGAGGAGAGGAGAGGAGUGGAGAGAGGA